AUGUCACGACUCCAAGUCCAAUCCCUCCACCAGUGUACCAAGGCCCUGCCCUGCUCUACUCUCACGGCAUCACGCCGCCAGACGGGACAGUGCAGUCUCACUCACGUGUUCGGUCUGCCGUCAGGCUGGGAGAUGUGGUCGCCGGAAAGCCUAUCGCAAGACCUCAUGACCGCCAUGGACGAGUUCCUAUACCGCAUCCGUGCGCCCUUCCUCUACACCAUCACAGCACUCUGGCUCAUCGCCACGCUCUACAUCCUCCACUCACUCCUCUACCGCAUGGACGUCCUGCGCAUCCGCUCCCACCUCACCACCAGGGCCUCACACCUCAUCGACGUCAAGGCGCUGCUCGCCGGCAGCCGCAGGAUGCUCUCACUCUACAAAGACGUCGACUACUUCGACGAUGACCUUCACUCAUGA